UCGGUGUCAGAGUUGACUGCGCCGCGCUCCCUGGUUCGCAGGCUCGUUCUAGACCGGCUGCGGGCGGUGGCGACCCCCGAGUGCACGCGAUCCCCCCCGGCCGGCGCGGCCCCGAGCACCGCGGCAUGAGCGGGUGACCGAGCGCGGGGCCGAGCGGGAGGUGGCCGUGGCCAAGGUUGCUUCUGGCUUCCACUGAACAGAGAUGAGACGUGCUAUUAAAUUUUCUACACGAUACUGAACAGCCCCACCACAAAAAGAAAUUAUCUGGACCCAAAUGAGCGUGAGGAAGAGGCUGUCUGUGUCAUUAUGUGUGCGUCGGUCAAGUACAAUAUCCGGGGUCCCGCCCUCAUCCCAAGAAUGAAGACCAAGCACCGAAUCUACUACAUCACCCUCUUCUCCAUCGUCCUCCUGGGCCUCAUCGCCACUGGCAUGUUUCAGUUCUGGCCCCACUCCAUUGAGUCGUCCAGCGACUGGAAUGUGGAGAAGCGUAGCAUCCGGGAUGUGCCGGUGGUCCACCUGCCGGCCGACAGCCCGGUCCCCGAGCGGGGUGACCUCAGCUGCAGGAUGCACACGUGCUUCGACGUCUACCGCUGUGGCUUCAACCCCAAGAACAAGAUCAAGGUGUACAUCUACGCCCUCAAGAAGUACGUGGACGACCUGGGUGUCCCCGUCGGCAACACCAUCUCCCGGGAGUACAACGAGCUGCUCACGGCCAUCUCGGACAGCGACUACUACACAGACGACAUCAGCCGGGCCUGCCUUUUCGUCCCGUCCAUCGACGUGCUCAACCAGAACACGCUGCGCAUCAAGGAGACGGCACAGGCGCUGGCCCAGCUCUCCAGGUGGGAUCGAGGUACAAAUCACCUGCUCUUCAACAUGUUGCCUGGAGGUCCCCCAGAUUAUAAUACUGCCCUGGAUGUCCCGAGAGACAGGGCUCUGUUGGCUGGUGGAGGCUUUUCUACAUGGACAUACCGGCAAGGCUACGAUGUCAGCAUUCCUGUCUAUAGUCCGCUGUCUGCUGAAGUGAACCUUCCAGAGAAAGGACCAGGUCUUCGCCAAUACUUCCUCCUGUCAUCUCAGAUGGGUCUCCAUGCCGAGUACAGAGAGGACCUGGAAGCCCUCCAGGCCAAACACGGCAACUCAGUGUUAGUGCUGGAUAAAUGCACCAACCUCUCAGAAGGCGUCGUCUCCAUCCGGAAACGCUGCCACAAGCACCAGGUCUUCGAUUACCCCCAGGUGCUGCAGGAAGCAACUUUCUGUGUGGUCCUCCGUGGAGCCCGGCUGGGCCAGGCAGUGCUGAGUGACGUAUUACGGGCUGGCUGUGUCCCAGUCAUCAUUGCAGACUCUUACGUCUUACCUUUCUCCGAAGUUCUUGACUGGAAGAGAGCAUCUGUGAUGGUGCCAGAAGACAAAAUGUCAGAGGUGUACAGUAUUUUACAGAGCACCCCCCAAAGACAGAUUGAAGAAAUGCAGAGACAGGCCCGGUGGUUCUGGGAAGCAUACUUCCAGUCUAUCAAAGCCAUUGCCUUGGCCACCCUGCAGAUUAUCAAUGACCGCAUCUACCCAUACGCCGCCAUCUCCUAUGAAGACUGGAAUGACCCUCCCGCUGUGAAGUGGAGCAGUGUGAGCAAUCCGCUCUUCCUCCCACUCAUCCCUCCACAGUCGCAAGGAUUCACUGCCAUUGUCCUCACCUACGACCGAGUGGAGAGCCUCUUCCGGGUCAUCACGGAAGUGUCCAAGGUGCCCAGUCUAUCCAAGCUGCUAGUCGUCUGGAACAAUCAAAAUAAAAACCCGCCAGAAGAAUCUCUCUGGCCCAAAAUCCGGGUUCCAUUAAAAGUCGUGAGGACUGCUGAAAACAAGUUGAGUAACCGUUUCUUCCCUUAUGAUGAAAUCGAGACAGAGGCUGUUCUAGCCAUUGAUGAUGAUAUCAUCAUGCUGACCUCAGACGAGCUGCAGUUUGGGUAUGAGGUUUGGCGGGAGUUUCCCGACCGGUUGGUGGGUUACCCUGGCCGUCUCCAUCUCUGGGACCAUGAGAUGAGCAAGUGGAAGUAUGAGUCAGAGUGGACCAAUGAGGUGUCCAUGGUGCUCACGGGAGCAGCUUUUUAUCACAAGUAUUUUAAUUACCUGUAUACCUACAAAAUGCCUGGCGACAUCAAGAACUGGGUAGAUGCUCAUAUGAACUGUGAAGACAUUGCCAUGAAUUUCCUGGUGGCUAACAUCACGGGGAAAGCUGUCAUCAAGGUAACACCACGAAAGAAAUUCAAGUGUCCUGAGUGCACAGCCAUUGAUGGGCUUUCGCUGGACCAGACGCACAUGGUGGAAAGGUCCGAGUGCAUCAACAAGUUCGCUUCAGUCUUUGGGACGAUGCCGCUGAAGGUGGUGGAGCACCGCGCUGACCCUGUCCUGUACAAAGACGACUUCCCCGAGAAGCUCAAGAGCUUCCCCAACAUUGGCAGCUUGUGAGACGCUGCUGGAGGACCGACUGCUAAUCGUGAGCACAGCGGCAGGACGCAGUCCACACAGCAGGGAUUCCAGACGGAAGAUGGACACACUGCAUCUUCGCACACACCUACCUUCUCAAGAAUGUGGACCUAGGGAGCCUGUCUGAGCACCCAAGCUGGGUAGCCUGUGUCCCUCUGCUGCUCCUCUCCGGCCAGCUGUUUCUAAAAUGCCCACUAGGAACCUAUGUGGCCCGCUCCUGGGCAAGUCGAGCUCAGACUCCCUGUUUUAGCUCCAGGCUGCCAGCCUGAAGGGCAAGUCCACCAACCAUGAGACUUAGAAACCCACCAGCCCAUUUUAGAUGUGAGCACCAGUACUCAAAGUACCCAGAUUUUGUUUUUUAUUGAUUUCAAAUUAGUGAAUAUUCCUCUGAUUCACUGGAGAAAAAGCCAACUCCAGAAUCCGGUGCAAAAUCCAAAUUCUUCAGUGGGAUGAGAGCGCAGCCUUAGAGCCUAGGGUCCUGGACUCAUGCAGAGAAAAGCACGCUGUGCUGAACGGGGGGCCUAGGAGUUCCGCCAACUGUUCUUCUUUGGUCUGGUUUGUUAAUAUGAUUAAAAAUAUUUUUUAUUCGUUUUCCUACUA